AUGAAGCUCGAUACCAAGGCGAUGCGCCACCUCACAGCAGAGGACUGGCGCGUCCUGACAGCUGUAGAAAUCGGCAGCAAGAACCACGAGAUCGUGCCCACACCCCUAAUCGAAAGCAUAGCCAAGCUGCGCGGCGGCGCCUCGCGCACGCACAAGGCCAUAUCCGCGCUCGCCAAAGUGAACCUAAUAUCACGACUCAAGGAGGCCCGGUACGACGGGUACCGCCUGACGUACGGCGGGCUGGACUACCUUGCCAUGCACACGCACGCGGCGCAAAAACACGUCUACAGCGUCGGCAACCAGAUCGGCGUCGGCAAGGAGAGCGACAUCGUGGUGGUGGCCGACGACUCCGGCACACAGAGAGUGCUCAAGAUCCACCGCCUCGGCCGCAUCUCGUUCCGCACCGUCAAGGCCAACCGCGACUACCUGCGCCGCCGAAACCAGGGCAGCGGCUCGUGGAUGUACCUGAGCCGCCUGGCCGCCGAGAAGGAGUACGCCUUCAUGCGGGCGCUGCGCGACGAGGGCUUCGCCGUGCCGCUGCCCAUCGCGCAGAGCCGCCACACCAUCGUCAUGGAGUUCGUCGACGCCUUCCCGCUGCGCCAGGUCGCCACCGUGCCGGACCCGACCGCGCUGUACGCGGAGCUCAUCGGCACGAUCCUGAGGCUGGCGCAGCAUGGGCUCAUCCACGGUGAUUUCAACGAGUUCAACAUCUUGAUAAAGGAGGAGGAGCAGCCGGAGAAAGACCAGGACCAGGAAACCAUCAAAGAGCAGCAACCCACGUCAUCAACCAAAGCCAAAGCCAAGGAGCCCGAAACAGUACCAGCAACCGCCGAGCAGACAGAGCAAGAGGCAGAAAAGGAGAGCAGUAACAUCACAAUCACCCCGGUCCUCAUCGACUUCCCCCAGAUGGUAUCGAUGGACCACCAGAACGCUGAGUUCUACUUCGACCGCGACGUGGCCUGCAUCAAGCGCUUCUUUGAGCGGCGCUUCCACUUCGUCAGCACGCAGCCGGGGCCCUUCUACCGCGACGCCAAGAAGAUGGUCGGCAAGGACGGCGCCAGGCGGUUGGACGCUGCCGUCGAGGCCUCGGGCUUCUCCAAGAAGGCCCUCAAGGAUCUCGAGGCCGCCAUCAGGGAGCAGCAGGCGGCUCGGGGAGAAGAAGGCGGCGGCGGUGGUGGUGGUGACAGCGAGGACGAAGAUAGUAUGGGAGAUGAUUAUGAUGAGGAUGACGAAGAUAAUGCCCAGGAGGAGGAGGACGGAGAGGAGGAGAGUGCUCUCAACAGACGGCACAACAACAAAAGUGAGGUUGCUGCUGAUGCCUCAAUAGACAUCUCGAUAUUAUCUGUCAGUGACAAGACAUAG